UGCUUUUUUGGUGAAUGAUGUAUUAAUGGAUGGUUUCACUUCUUUGAGUUGACAUUUAGGUAUCUAUGCAUACGCAAACACACACGUUCUGCAAUGGCCAAUACUGUGCAAAGCCAGAACGUUGUGGCAGAGAACUUGAGGAAACAACUUGCAGUAGCUGUGAGGAGUAUCAGGUGGAGCUAUGCAAUUUUCUGGUCACUUUCAACUACGCAACUAGGGGUGCUUGAGUGGGCGGAUGGGUAUUAUAAUGGAGACUUCAAGACCAGGAAGACUGUGCCUAAGCAGGAGAAAAUAGGGUUGCAGAGAAGUGAGCAACUUAGAGAACUUUAUAAGUCUCUUCUUGAAGGUGAAAUUGACCAACAGGCUAAUAGGCCUUUUGCUACAUUGUCUCCUGAGGAUCUCUCCGAUGCAGAGUGGUAUUACGUGGUUUGCAUGUCCUUUUUAUUCAAUCCUGGUGAAAAUUUGCCCGGAAGAGCAUUAGCAAAUAAAGAAACCAUCUGGUUGUGCAAUGCUCAAUAUGCAGACAAUCGAGUAUUCUCUCGCUCUUUGCUUGCAAAGAGUGCAUGUAUUCAGACUGUGGUAUGUUUUCCCUACCUUGAGGGAGUAAUUGAGCUGGGUGUCACUGAGCUGGUUGCGGAGGAUCCCAGUCUCAUUCAACAUGUCAAGGCUUCCUUAUUGGAAUUCUCAAAGCCAGUUUGCACUGAAAAAAUUUCUUCUGCUCCUCAUAGUGCAGAUGAUGAUAAAGACCCAGUAUGCGCUCAAGUUGACCAUGAAACUGGAGAUGCAUUGGCAGUUCUGGAGGACCUGUACAAUCCCACUGAAGAUAUUAUAUUUAACCAAGAGGGAAUUGAUGAAUGGCAUGGAAAUAUGCAUGAACAAUUAAAAAUGGAUUCUCCUGAUGAUUGUUCAAGUGGCUGUGUUCAGAAUCACCGGACUGAGGAGCCUUUGCUUGAAUGUUUAAAUGGUGGGACCUCUCACGUUCAAAGUUGGCAUCUCAUGGGUGAUGAAUUGAGCAAUGGUGUUCAAGAUUCUGCCAAUUCCAGUGACUCUAUACCUGAAGCUAUUGCAAAUGAUGGAGUCAGUACUCUCUCUUGUCUCAAGUACCAAAAUGUAGGCCACCUUCUGUUGAAAGAACUUAAAGCAGGCAACCAAAGCAAAUUGAGUUCCUUGGAUCUUGGAGCUAGCGAUGAUUUGCACUAUAGAAGAACUUUAUCAAUAGUCCUUAGAAGUUCAAACCAAUGGAUUGGAAAUUCAAGUUUCUGUAGAGGGAAUCACAAAUCCAGCUUUGUUACUUGGAAGAAAGGAGAAUUUAGGGGUCAUACGCCACAAGUACAUCAAAAUGUGCUAAGAAGAAUUUUAUUCACAGUCCCUCUGCUGCACAGUGGAUGCUCCCUUAGGUCAUACAUAGAAAAUGGAGGAAAAGAUUGUGGUAGGAAGCUGAAAAGCAAUGAAAUAUGGCAGGGAUUAUCAAAGAAACAGAGAAUGCAUGAAAAAUUCCUGAUUGACAAAACAUCAAUACUGGAUGACAUGAUUGGAUACUUAAAAGAACUUGAGGCAAGAGUGGAAGAAUUGGAAUCUUGCAUGGACUUGGGGGAGUAUACAGCAAGACCCAGAAGGAGCGAAUUAGAAAUGGCAGAGCAGACAUCAGAUAACUAUGAAAGCAUGAAGAUUGAAAAUGGUAAGAAGGUUUGUAUAAACAAGAGGAAGGCCAGUGACACUUAUGAAGAUGGCUUGCCCUUGAAUGUGCAGCUCAGUAUCAGGGAGGAGGAAGUUCUAAUUCAGAUGAAAUGUGCUUACAGGGAAUACAUAUUGCUUGACAUUAUGGAUCAAAUUAACAAUCUUCACUUGGAUGUGCAAUCAGUUCAGUCAUCUACUGUUGAUGGUAUUCUCACAGUGACCCUAAAAUCUAAGUUUCGAGGGGCAGCAGUUGCAUCUGCAGGGAUGAUCAAACAAGCACUCCGGAAGGUUGGGAGUAAUUAAGAGUUGAAGGGUGUUAUAUCUCAACAUAUCCCUGUUCAGUAGUAGUUCUACUUAGUUGCCUAAUCUCUAUCUGUAGCUGCUUAAAAUUGAAACUGGUUCCUAAUGCUGUGUUUAUCAAUUGUUUCUAGACAUUGAAAAUGAAGUUUUACAACCUUUUAUUUC